AUCUCUCUAACAAAAGGAGAAACAAAAACACUAACACUAGACUGAAAUCACAACUCUUUCAGCUUCAAAAUAGAAAGAAAAAUAAAAAUCUAAAUAUCAAUGUUUAGAUCUUAUUUGAGGGCUAAGUAGCAAGAAGUUGUUGAAAGAUGUUGGAAGGUAAAGCUAUGAUAGAUGACACUGACAUGCCAAGUAAGAUGCAGAUUCAAGCCAUGUCUUAUGCUUCUCAAGCUCUUGAUCUUUAUGAUGUUCUUGAUUGUGAAUCCAUUGCUGCUCACAUCAAAAAGGAGUUUGAUACAAGAUAUGGUUGUGGAUGGCAAUGUGUGGUAGGUUCAAGUUUUGGGUGUUUUUUCACUCAUUCUAAGGGAACUUUCAUAUACUUUACGCUUGAGACUCUUAAUUUCCUCAUCUUCAAAGGAGCUUGACUACAUGCACAUCAUUUUCAUUAUCAUUAUUUUCUUCUUUGCAUUUGUAAUGUUCAUUUUGAUUUUGUAUGUAUGAUAGAUAUUUUCAUGAUAAAGUUCUCCAGCUUAUCUUAUGAUUUGAGCAUGCAACCUUAUCCUGAUUUCGUGGAUGUUGUUUGUUUUUUUCCUUCCCAUCCCUCGUAUACCCAUAGUGUGGUAGUCACAAGCAGACACAAAACAAAUACAUGUUCUAAAUAAUAUUUUUAUAUUGUCCCAUACGAGACUCUUAACAACUAUCAUUUUCAUUAAUUGAGAUGAUUUUGUGAAGGGAGAAGCAGAUGAAAAAUUACUCAGUUUUCUUUAUUGGUUGAGAGUAAGGCGGAACAA